UGGUCGGAGCGCAACGCUCCUGCUGGUGGCUUUUCCACUUCCAUCGCGCAGUCUUCUGGCCGGACCGGACGCCGCGAUCUCGCCGCGUCCCGACACCCGCACGAAAAAGCCGUCAAGUUUUCAUCCGCGCGCCGAGCCGAAAAUCAAUUUGAACGUCGGCGGCCACGCGAUCCAUUUUCGGCCGAUCGCGAUUGUUUCGAGGUGCAUCGAGUUCCGUUUCGCGCGCUGCUAAUCGGAUAAGUACGCUGGUGUAUCUGCGUUUCGAAGUGUCCAGUCGAUGUGAGGACGGUGCUUUCAUGAGGGAUUAGCCAAGAACUAGCGGAGCCGAGAGAGAGAAGAGAGAGAAAGAGAAAGAGAGAGAGACAGUGCCAAUAUGCGGGAGAAACCAUGGCUGCUGCUCGCUCUAUACGGAAUAUUAUUGGCCCACGCGGUCUCCGCAGCACUCAAGGCCAGGCCGAAAUUUAAGAUUGCGACAACCUCUACAACGACGACUACGACCACAACCGAGGAGCCACGUACAGAGGAAAAUGACAAUGGAAGUUCCGAGACAACGACGGUUGCAAUUGAGACCAACGGAACGACCAAGCACACAUUGACGGGGAUUCCACAGAUCGAUUAUAUAUGGGACCCGAAUUUACCGCGCGAGUUGAACGGUUAUAAUCUUAGUGAUUAUCCGUUCUAUAAUAGCAUACCCGAGGAUAUCGAUUUCAAAUGCGAUGGCCUGCACGAUGGAUUCUACGCUAGCGUGCCACACAAGUGUCAGGUCUAUCAUCACUGCCUAUUUGGCACCCGCUACGACUUCCUGUGUGCCAAUUUUACGGCGUUCGAUCAGAAAACCUUCAUCUGCCACUUCGUGUCUGAGGUCGACUGCGCCAACUCCAAGAAGUACUGGCACAGGAAUGACGCUCUUUACCAGGCUGCCACGACCACAACCACUACGACGACCACCGUGGCGCCAGUCACCGUGCCGACUAGUCGGCCACCUGUGCGCGACAGGGCUCCACCAAGAAGAAGACCGCCGGCCAGGAGAAGACCGUACGAUUAUUACGAGGACUAUUACGAUGACGAGUACAGUCGGCCAUCGCGAGAUUUCGCCGGCCGGGAUGACUACGAGUACGAUGAUCGGAAGUAUAGGCGGGACAGGGAUCGCGAGUUCCGGGACCGGGAACGCGAUCGUGACUUCCGGGACAGGGACUCGCCCUCGCGAAGUAGAGACGGGUCAGAUAGGGAUCGGGAUGUCGGUAGAGAUAGGUACUCGAGUAGAAGCAACAGGAGGGAUCCGCCCAGGUCGAGAGAUCCAUUGGAGGACGACGUGAGACCCCGCGGGAGAAUCCCAGACGCUCAGGGUAUCAGAUCGACGUCGAGGGAGGCGGAUGAUCUGGACGUGUACGAUAGACGAACCGAGACGAGGAACAGGGAUACCGACGAACGGAGAUAUUCCGAUAAAAGGUACCGAGAUGAUUACGAUGAUAAGGAAGUUGCGGCGCCUUCGGCGAGUGCAACAUCGAACGCGGAGGGCCUGGUAAAGCCAGCUGCACCUAGCAGUUCGGUUUAUGCACGACCAAGAGCACCGCCCAAGAUUAGGCGACCAGUACCACUCUCGGAACAAGAUAGAUAUGCAUAUAAAACUACUCCAGCGCAGCCAACGGAGGAACCACGGCGCCGACCAGUAGAUUUUGUAGAGGACGAUUAUUACGAUGACGAGUUGGAGGACCUUAGGCCGAUCAGACGACCGCUCAGAAGGAGACCCUCGUAUCGAGAUAGAGAUAGGGACAGAGAAUUCUACGAGACCCGGGACCGGGAUCGCCCCCUCAGAUCUCGUUAUCAUUCAUCGCCGGAAGAGGUACGAGUCAGGACGCACCAAGAUCGCUCGAGAGACCGUUAUUACGAAAGAGACAGAGACCGAAGCAGAGAUCGAGCUCUUGAUCGUGGCAAAGAUCGUAAUUCCGACAGAUCCUCAGAUCGAGGAAGAUCGCAAGACGCGGAGCGGCAGGAACGACCAUACACGCCUCGUCUCUCUGAUCGCGACAGGGAUGCGGAACGACCGCGAUCGUCCUCGAGAGCGAAGGAUCUUUCAGACUAUACUACUGAAGCAUCCAGAAGACCAAGCUCAUACGAUCGAACAACCGAGAAGGCAACCACUACGACUACCACUACUACAACUACAAGUACAACUUGCUUACCAGAACAGCUUAUUCACAAAUCUGAAGUAGACUCCAAGGAUGCAGUGACUGAUCGAGCGGAGAAUCCAUCCUACCUGGAACGACCAACGAGACCAACUCAAACUCAAAGCGGUCGCUUGACGAUCGACACCCAGGAUUAUCAUAGAAAUUUACCAGAGAAAUCUCAGAGAACAAAUCUCAGAGAACCUCAACAAGCGGACUACCAGGACAGAGAUCUAGAAAGUAGGAACGAACAAAGUCAUCAUCCGGUUGUGUAUUCGGACGAGUAUUCCUCGGAGUACUACGACGAGCCGCUGGAGGAUCCGCCGUCUUCCACGCUUCCACCACGAACUACCGUACGAAUCGUGAAAAGACCUUUCUUACCGUCGCGAGGCGGUACUCCCAAUCCAAGAGGAUUGUCACCGGUCGGCUCGAAAGCACCUCAUUCGCCCAGAAGGGACGAAGAAACAUCGACUGAUCACCAUAGUGCCUUGAACGAAAAUGAGUACAAGGGUUAUUACGUGCAUGAGGAGCAGCAGGUCAACAGAAAUCAUCAGGAACCGCAAUUGAAGUCGGACAACAACAAACAGACGUACGAUGCUUACAAAACUGUUCAGAGUGAUCUUCAGAAGAAACAACGGCAGGACGAGUACGAAGGCGCAAUAUCCAGACCAGCGUUGCGAAGGCCGAUCGAGAAGAGUGAGGAGGAAGUGUCGAGAAGCCCGGAGAACCUGUCCAACUCGUCUAGGGGAUACGCCACUCAAAACCAAUCGGACGAUCCGCGUAAUCAUCAUCAGGGGGAUAAUCUGGCUCCUAAAUGGAUAGAAAAUUAUUCAAGCGACAGGCAUACGGAUACGGUAUCUACAAAUCUAUCUGCGUUCCGACAAACAUCCUCGAGCCCUCCUGUCCGCAGCAAAGUGAAAGUUCCUUCUGCCGAGACCACACCGAACAUUUAUAGUUCAACGUACAAAAGCGAGGAUAUCCAGGACUAUCCUACAGGACCAGGUAACAGCUAUAGGGUGAAGCAGAGACUCAACGAAGUGACGCACCGGCUUCAGGAUAUUCCCGAGAGCGAAUACGACGUUACCUUAAACGAUGCUUUGACGCCUACUUUGAUUCAAGAGGCCAAUCUGCCGAGCGGUUUUGUCCUACCUCUUCACCGACAGUUGGGCAGAGACACGGUCCUCCAACCUUCCGAGAAUAAUUACAAGCUUUCCAGGCCGGUUAAUCAACAACAGCAGCAACAACAGUCGCAGCCUCAGUCUCAGCAUCAGCAUCAACAGAAAGCAUUCGUCCCGAGUCAUCAGUUCCUGCCAACGAGCCUUAGCAACAGCGAUCGGAGCCGAUCAUCAGUCUAUUACAGAACGCCGGAGGCUAUACAGAUCAGCGGGGCGCAGUACAGGCAGCAGAGACCAUGGCAAGAUUACGCGUAUUGACGAGACACGCGCAUACUGCACGGUGUACUAAUAUGGCUGUUUAGAGUUAGGAGUGUUAGGAAUUUCAUCGAAGACGUACACCCUGCUUCACGAACGUGAACAACAAGCGAACGUGAACUAAGUUAUAUACCGAUGCCACCGAUCGACUUACUCACAGGAAAGUCACUUUCAUGGAAGAAACGCCGCGUCGCGUAUUUUCUCUUUUAUGAAAUUGCCUUUCCGCGCGAACAGCAGCGAAUACUCACGUUCGACACUCAGCCCCGUUGCGAUCAGAUGAUCAGCGUCUUUCAUUUCUUCGAGGGGAUGCGCGACGCAUUCAUCUCACGACAAAUCGCGCUGCUUCGAAGAUAGGAAAUAAUCUGCAAGACGAUCAUUCCAGCUAGGUAUUAAUAGCAUUCGCGAGAAGUUUCGAGAUGAUAAAUUAUUGAUUAAAAUUAAAAAUAAAGAGGGAGGAUGAGAGAUCAUGAAUCGUGAAGUGGCGCUAUGUCAUGCUUGUAGAAAGAGAGACGCAGCCCAAAUACGAUGUGUUAACAAUGCGAUCGAUUGAUAUCUCAUCGUUAACACGUCGGAUAUCAGGAUAAUGAUAAAUCAUCAUACUGAUAUCCUCAUCGACACUCAUCAUUCAUGAAUAUUGCAAUGAAAAGCGACGACAGAAUUAAUAUUUACGGAUAACGGCGAUCGUAGGUAUUAUUAAUUCGUUUUGAGAUCUUCGCUAGGGAAAUUCUGGAUGACUACUAGAUCCAGCUGCAAUAAUGUAGUAUUACAUGAACAUUGUAACAUACUGUGCGUUUAUAAACGAGUAGCAAGUUUGAUGUUUCCUCUAAACAAUAGUUCGAGACGUGAUACGUUUAAUAACGAUUCAAUAACUUGUAAUAUUAAAAUAUUUCAUUCAUGUUUGUUGGAAUCGGAGUCGUUAUUGGAGUUUCUAUUGGAAACCGAAUCCCCACACAUAUACUUCUCUCUCGAUUUUAAAUAAACUUGUAAAUAAACAUACGAUAUUUUAUUGCGUACGCACGUUCGUUUGAAUUAAAUUAAAUUUGUGUUAAAUUGCAAUUUAAAACAAUGCGAGAAAUAUGGUUUUCCAUAAAAAAGCUAUAUAUAUUAAGUAUAUAUAUUAGCGCAAUUUAUAAAUAUUGUUAGCGGAUAAGUCUUCCUGAACGUACAUUUUGUUUUCAAGUUGUGUCGAUAUUCACGUACGAUAAAAAGAAUGAGGAAAUACA